GGUGGCAGAAAAGGUUCGAAGCGCCGGAUACCAACAUUCGGCCUGAUCCUCCUCGGGGCAUAUCGACGACGACGGCCGAUGAAGGACACGACCGCGGUGGAGCUGGACCUGGACACGGCCCGCGAGCGGUACCUCGCCGAGCAGGCGAAGGACUACCCGAGCGCCUUUGUCAAGUUCACGUACGCCAAGGCCCUCGCGCGCGACGCCAAGCCCGAGAACAAGCAGCGGGGCAUUGGCCUUCUCCAAGACCUCCUGAACGAAGACUAUAUGAACAAGACCGACUGCCUCUACUGCUUGGCGCUGGCCUACUACGACCUCGGCGAGUUUAGCAAGUGCCGAAAGCAGUGCGAAGUCCUUCUGCGCAUCAACCCGACACAUGAAAAGGCGUUGAGUCUGCACCAGUCUGCAAAAGACCACGUCAACCGCGACGGAUGCAUCGGCCUCGGCUUGGCCGCCGGCGCCGUCAUGAUUGCAGGUCUCGCGCUCAAGCUCUUGCUCAAGCACCGUGACCAUUAAGAGGCGACGCAGCGUAAACACGAUGUUAUUACAAGUUUUGAGCCA